AUGAGUGGCAACGAGGAGCCAAUUGCUCCGGCUAUAUCCAGCAGCAAUGAGGCAUUGCCAACUGCCGAACAGGUCAAGCCGAACCAGGAGAAAACGGAGACCAGUAAUGAGAGACUGAGCCCUACAGCGACGUUCCUGCUCGUCCUAUCCUUAUGUAUCUCUACCUUCAUUGCAGCUAUAGAACAGACAAUCGUCGCGACUGCGGUCCCGACUAUCGCGAAGUCAUUCCAAGCUACAGGACUCGACUAUGCUUGGAUUGGAACCGCCUACCUUCUCCCAGCGGCUGCUGCUACUCCGCCGUGGGGCAAGAUCAGCGACAUUUUCGGUCGAAAGCCUAUUCUUUUAGCUGCCAUCGUCAUCUUCUUCAUCGGUUCACUUAUCGGCGCGCUCGCAAACAACAUCAAUACACUAAUUGCCGGCAGAGUGAUACAGGGGACUGGUGGAGGUGGAAUUUUAGGACUCUCCGCGACGGUUAUCGGCGACGUCUUUAGUCCUCGAGAACGCAGCAAGUACUAUGGUAUACUUGGUGUGACUUGGGGACUUGCUUGCGGCCUGGGCCCUGUUGUCGGUGGCGCUUUCGCGGAGUUCGUUUCUUGGAGAUGGUGUUUUUGGAUUAAUCUCCCGAUUGCUGGACUUGCUGGGAUAUUCGUAUUCUUCUUUUUGGAGGUUGAGACUCCGAAAACUCCUAUUAUCGAAGGGUUGCUUGCCAUGGAUUGGCUUGGAACUAUCACGAUUGUCGGCGCGACGGUCAUGUUCUUGCUAGGGUUAGGAUAUGGAGGCGUUGCUUAUCCCUGGAAUUCCGCGAUUGUCGUAUGCCUUCUCGUCUUUGGUGUGGUAACGCUGGGAGUAUACGGACUCAUUGAGUGGAAAGUGGCCAAAUAUCCCAUCACUCCACUCAGGCUUUUCCGAUCGACCUCCAAUAUCGCCGUAUUUGGUAUUGCGUACGCCCACGGCGCAAUUUUUAUUGCUCACCUAUACUAUCUUCCGCUUUACUUUCAGUCGGUCCUUGGCGCAAGCCCAAUCCUGUCGGGUGUUUACCUGCUUCCAGUUGCGGUCACGCUGUGCGUCAUGUCAAGCCUGACAGGAGUCUACAUCAGCAAAUCGGGAAGAUAUCGACCGCCAAUCUACUUUGGCUCGGUUGUGAUGAUACUUGGUACUGACCUUUACAUUAAUCUUCAAGCCUACCCAUCUUGGCCUCGCAUCAUCAUCUACCAGAUCAUAGCGGGUAUAGGCAUUGGCCCUGUCUUCCAGGCUCCGAUUGUCGCCGUAUUUAGCUUAACGAAACCUGCAGAUGUCGCAAGUGCUGCAGCGACAUUCCUCUUCGUGCGCGAUAUCGCUACGGCGAUGUCUAUUGUAUUUGGGGGUGUCAUAUUUCAGAAUCACAUGACAGCACAAUCAGGAGAGAUCAUGGAAGCUCUGCCGUUUGACCUGGCUACACAGAUAAUUGGGCGUGAAGCAUCUGGGGCUCUGAAUAUUAUCCCGACUUUACCCGAAGACCAGAGAAAGGUAGUCGUCGAGGUAUAUAACGAGAGCUUGCGAGCCGAAUGGAUCUUUUACACUGCACUUGGCGGUGUAGGGUUGCUACUGAGUGUCCUGAUUAGCAAGCAGGUGCUCUCCAAGGAACAUAAGAUCCAUAAGACUGGUUUGGAGACACAAGAGGCGGCACGACUUGAGGAGAGACGGAAGAAAGAAGCAACUUCUGGAGCAGACAUCUAAUAAGCCAAUACGUAUGGAUAUAAGUAGUAAGAUUGCAUUCCUGUUAGAUUAAAUUAUAACUUUUUAAUUUGUAAACACAAUACACUCUGGAAGUUGUUGAUCCAAAGAUAAUUCACGAUAGCGAGUUGCCUUUUGGCCUUAAACAGUGAAAGCCUAAGGCGUUAUUAGCCCUGAAGAUAGCGUACUAAGUAUGGCAGAACAGUGGAUCGCAUCCAGUAAAAGCCCAUGCAGCUAGGCUAAAGUAGGUGAUGCCUCGGCUCAGCUUAGCUUCGUCGUCAUCGUAUCUUUCUCUUUUUAU